CGAAUGAUGACAAUUUUUCCCAUCGUCACUGAAGUUGGGAUGAAACUGGGAAUGCAUCUGAGCCGCGAAAUUCGGACAAUGGGCAUCGAGAAAUGUGUAUAUGUACGUACAUCUCUGGGCGUGAUGCCACUUCCACGAUGCGUCCACCAUCACUCAACCCACCGACGAGCUCUCGUUGAGAUAACCGUUUGUUUUCAUUCUACUCUCCUUCUUGCGUGUUCUGCGAACCGAUAUUCCCUUCUUCUUGGAUCGCGACUGGUUUCGCUCCUUUCUUGUUCGCUUCGACCAUUCAUUCCAGUGUGCUUGUUCUUCCGGGAAGCACGAUAUCAGCAGCCCUUCUUCUAUACCUUACUCUCUCGCCACCGUUUCUCUCAAAAUGAAGUGGUCGUCGGCAGCGGCUCUUUCCGCGAGUGUAAUCGGCCUCGCCGUGGCCUCGCCCAUGAAGCAGCCCCUGCGCAAGCUUCACAGUCGCGAGGUGCCCCAGGAGCACUCACACGACUUCGUCCUCACCAUCACCAAGGAGUUCUUGGACAUGGACAACCCCAAGGGCAUCGCGGAUCCCGUCUUUGGUCUCCUUGGCAACGCGGCUGCCGCCGAAGGCGCUGGCACCGUCACCAAUCUGGACUGUCUCAAGCAGGAGACUGCCGACCAGGCCUUCACCAACGCCAAGGCGGCAAGCGACCUGCGUGGCAUGGCAGGCGCCCUUCUGUUCCAGGCCAUCGAGAGGAACACGGGCAAGGUUGGCCUGGCGAGUGUUCUCUGCAACGAGAAGGCAGUGAAUCCCGAGGUGGCGGCCCUGGCGUCGCACCAAGAUCCGGCCUCCCCAGGAGCCGCCGAGACGAACAAGAAGAUUACGCUCGAGUUGGCCAGGCAGCUUGCCGGCAUUGGCGCGGACCCGAAUCUGGCUCUUCUCAGUGGAACCUUUGCGCCUGGUGAUCUCAACGACAACACGGGCGCCGGCUUGACCUGCGACACUCUCGAGCCUGAUCUAGGCUGCAUCUUCUCUCAGAAGCUGCUUGUGCUGGAUGCCACCACCGACGAGAUUGCCGCCGCGGUGGCAAACGUGCAGCCCACCUUUGCUGGCGGCAAGGGGGGCAUCACCGCCGCCGACAUUGUCGACUUGUCCCAGUUCUCCGUCGCAGGAGGCGGCGCUGCUAGCCCCGGUGGUGGUAAUGCUACUGAACCUACCGAGACUCCAGCGACGCCCAUUGCUUCCGCCCCAGCAGCGAUCGCGACCAGUUGCGCGGCUGUGCCUCCGCCUGUCUGCUCCGCCAUCACCACCACGGUGGCAGCGGACGCCAUGUCAUCGCUGAUGGCCUCAAUGACCUCCGCCACCGUCGGCCAGGUCACCGAAUCACCCGUCGCGCCCGGCUCUGGUAGCGCCAACCUCCAGCCCUUCACUGGUGCUCUUGGCGGACCCCCGCCGCCGGUCGAGUCGUCUGUCGGAGAUCGCCCCUUUUCCACCAACGGCGCCACCUUUACAGGCCUCUCUGCCGCGCUCGGCCGAUCCUGCGACGUCCAGCACAACAAGUGUGCCAAUGCCGCCAACGCAGGCCAACUUGCGGGCGGCGCCGCCCAAUGUGAGACGCAGCUCAGCCAAUGCCGCGCCGCCAGUGCCAGCCAGAACACCAAGAGGCAGGCUGCUCUGGACUUUGGGUCGUGCUCGGACCCUAGCAUCAUCUUUUCAGACGGUCUCGACGGUCGCAAGGAGCCUUCGUUCGCGCCAUCCAACAGCAACGACUUUAACCACGGUUCUGCUCUCGGCAACAAGGUCAUCACUAGCUUCAUCUGCGGUCAGCUCAAGGACAAGUGCAAGGCGGGCCAGGAUGCCGUCGCGGCGUGUGAGAGCGGUGCUGCUGCGGCAGCGGCCGCAUCGGGCCAGGCGGCUGCGGACGCGUUCAAUGCUGCCCUGGGUGUUGGCGGUGGAACUGCCACGUCUCCCGAUACAGGCGUCGUGACGGAGGCGCCCACGCAGACCGCCGCUCCCGUGGCGUCAGUGGUCAUGACCAUCACGCAGUGUGUUUAGCAUUCACGUUGUCUCUAGAUGAAGUGCUUGUAGGCGAGAAGGGGAGUCUCUCUCCUACAUGUAUGAUUGGGGGUGGUGAAAGGCUUCGGUGGAUGUUGACCAGAUAUACUACGAAUUCAUGUGUCCAC